AUGUCUUCCUCUUUUUCCGGCAAAGUCUAUCUCAUCACCGGCGGUGCGUCCGGCAUCGGCCUUUCAACUGCAAAGGCUUUACUCGGCCGCGGCGCACUGGUGGCUCUGUGUGACAUCAACGAGGCCGGACUGUCUAAAUUUCUGGAAGAAGUCCCGGAAAGCGAGAAGACGAAAGUGUUUGUACGCAACGUUGACAUAACCGACCGCGCGGCUAUCAGGUCCUUUGUGUCUGCUGCAAAGCAAAAGCUGGGGAGAAUCGACGGAUGCGCCAACAUUGCCGGAACAGCAGGCCGCAGGCUUGGCCACGAAGAAGUCUGGGAGAUCAGCGACGAGCAGUACGAUUUCGUCAUGGGCAUCAACUUCCGAGGCGCUUUCAACGUACUCAGCGAAACCCUCAAGCCCGGCGUGAUGGAAGAGCUCGGGAGCAUCGUGCACGUAUCGAGCAUGUACGGCGAGCGCGCGUUCCCCAAGGGCAGCGUCUACAGCGCCAGCAAACACGCAGGCAUCGGUCUGGUCAAGAGCGCCGCCGUGGAGGCAGCCAAACGAGGCAUUCGAGUCAACAUCGUGACGCCUGGGCCGAUCGACACGCCGAUGCUUCGUGGAAACCAGGAGCACGGUGGUGAGGGCACGGCUCCCGAUGUGCCGAUGGGUCGUCUCGGAGAAUCGACAGAGGUAGCCAACGUUAUCAUCUUCCUCUUGGGCGAGGAAGCGGGCUACGUCACUGGCGCGACCUGGGCGGUGGAUGGAGGAGCGAACGCGUGA